CGUUGGACUCAAAGGCUCUAGGCCAAUUCGUUCUGGAAGCCAGUCAGUGUGUCCGUUGUUUUCAAUCAGGAUGGUAAGAUAGUACGAACCCCCUGUUCGGAACAUGCCUAUCAUCUAGAAACAGCGCAUUUCACAAGGCUUCGUCCACCCCUGCCAACGCGUGUUCUAUUUUCACUUAGGAGAGCGCUCAGAAGAUACCCUCAACAACAUCCUACCAUCAUGGCCCCAGCAGAAAUUGCUCCCGCGCGCAAAUAUCGAUCUCGGAAACAAAAGCCUUGUGACAAUUGUCGCCGCCGCCGGGUAUGCUGCGUUCGCGAUGCCGAGGGCGAUUGCGCCUUGUGCAGUCGACGAUCCAUCCCAUGUACUUUCAGUUCAGAACCAUCACCUCGCAAACGGAGACCUCGCCUUGAUCUUCUUCCCCCGUCAAAAUCUCCAGCUCAGCAAGAAGCAGGUCCGAUGCAGAAUGGCGCAUCAGGUCACGUGACUCCCGCUUCCAAGUCCACCGACGAUGCCAAAAGGAAAUCGGGUGGUGAAGCAAAAUACAUCGGCUUGACUGGCACCGACGACGUUUACUUUGUUGUGGAAAGAGAUCAAGGCAUCGGCAACGACCCUGCCCGCGAGGCCUAUUUUCGUGAGAGGGCAUCUUCAUCAGCCUCUGCUGCUUCGACAAACUCGACUCAUCGCGCGAGAUCUAUUGAACCUGACGCUUCCGUGGUUCAAACCAUCUUCUUCGAGCGUUCUCAUCCCGCGUUUCCCCUGCUCGAUGAGUCUCGUGUUCGUGACCCUAAGCAGUCAAGAAUGUUGACCAAUGCCAUUGCCAUUAUCUCCAAGUAUACAUCGCCAGAGCUGGAGGGCCUUCACAACAAUGUCCUGAUUGAGGAGCUGACUUCUUCUUUGCUUCUUGAGGCGCGGUCUCCUACCCUUGAGACCGUCGAGGCUGCAAUCUUGUUUACUCAGCGUGCCUUGCGAGGAAAGAUGAGUACAAGUGCUCCAGGCAUGUGGGCUGUCAUUGGCGCCUUUGUGGGAAUGUGUCACGAUCUUGGCUUGAAUGUUGACUGUUCAACAUGGAACAUCCCAGAGUCGGUCCGUCGCCGAAGGAAACGAAUUUGGUGGGGCGCCUACAUGCAGGACAAGUGGUUCGCAAUGGCUCUCGGACGACCGUCCUUCAUCAGCGCUGCCAACACAACCACCGCCAUGCUCACUCCGGCCGAUUUUGAAGAUGCCGACGACAAAGACCCCGAGCAGUUGACCAAACGUCCCGAGUUGACUACUGGCAUCCAUUGUUUUGUCGCAUUUGCCGAGCUUACCGUCAUCCUCAACGAAAUCCUUUCCGUCUUCUUCACCAUCAGUUCUGUAGUUAGCCUCCGAGAAGUCAGUGGUGAUCACAUCACCGACAUCCACGAUCGGAUCGAGCAGCAGUUGGAAAUGUGGCGUGCAACCUACUUGGACCAAAUCCUCACACAACGAUUCUUCCCUGAUGUAACAGGGAGUCUUGAGCUAGCCUACAUCACCGUUCGAGUGAUGCUGCUGCGAGGAAUUUUCCCCAAACUUUAUCGGCGACGUGUCAACCUUGACCGUCAUAUUGAAAGUGCGGUUGCAGCCACGUCUCAGGUGAUAACGCUAGUCGAAACUCUGCAAAUCAACCGCCUCAGUGCGUUUUGGUGGUCUUGCUCGGGGUUCAACCUCGCGGUCGUUGGCACCUUCAUGGCCAGUCUCAAACGCCUUUCGACUGAGCCUGCACGCGCGAGUUAUUGGGACAGUCGAUUAAGGCACUAUCGCAAAUUGUUGGCGGCGCACGGUGCGGGCUUCUGGCCAGCGAAAUUCGCGGCAACCGCACUCGACCUGAUGGCCAAAAAUCUGACCAAGGCUGGCGGUUCACAGCCCCGAGAAGAUGUCAGUGAUAGUUUGGACGCCUUCACGACGCCCUCCACGACUUGGUCGGGAGUGUCGUAUGACUUCUUCCCUCACAAUCUCAGCAACCUCAAUGAACCUGACAUAUUUACCGACUGGUGGAUCGGUGAUGGGUUUCAGUGGCAGCAACCUGUCUCGCUCAAUAUUGCUGAGUGAAGGAAGACAGGGAAGUUCUGUUGGAAUAUACGCUGGUGCUCAGCCGCCCUGCUAAGCUUUGCCGUUUGUAUUAGGCCGCUGUAAGGCUGGCCAGAGGAGAUAUGUCCUGAAUGUGAGAAUGACGCUACGCGGCCAAACAUCCUCACCAAGCGGUGUCAUGUUGGCCGACGGGCAACCCUUGGCCGCUCGCUCCAGUUUUCUCCCAAUCCCAGGCCGGUGGGUCUAGGAGAAUCUGUCGCGCCUUAUAUGAUUGGCCCGUCGGCAUUUGAGUAUUAGGAACCUAUAGAAUAUUCAAUGGCCAAGGGGUUCUUGGUUAUUGGGUUGACCGCACUGAGAAGACGGCCACUGCCCUGUAGCACUCUGGAAAUACAAUGUGCCUUCUCAAGUA